GCGUGUCCGUAUAAAAUGGAUAUUGCCCGACCGAUCUGGACCACACAAGUCCGACCGCGGCCAGUGCGAGGUACACCUGAAGCACACGACAUUGCAAUAAUUGUGUCCACGGUGGUUUCGUGUGUAGACCCACAAGGCGCGAACAUGCAGCAGUUCUGGAUGUCGAUGUUGUUGUUGGUGAGUGUUGGCGCGGCCUUAGUCUGCGCCGACGCCGUGAAGGCCACCGCCCCCGCCGCCGAUGAGAAGCCUGCGGAAAAGAAGCAGGGCAAACGAGGCCUCUGGGGCUUGGGCUAUGGAUACGGUGGACACAGUGAGUGGGACGGUCUGUCCAACUACGGUCUGCUGGGCGCCGACCACAGCUACGGACACGUCAGUGCUGUGCACGUCACCAAAGAGGUGCCGGUCAUCGUUGACCGGCCGAUCAUCGUUCCGGUCGAGAAACACGUGCCGUACCCAGUGACCGUUGAGAAACCAGUGCCAUACCCCGUGCACAUCGAGAAACACGUCCCGGUGCCCGUCGACCGCCCAGUGCCAUACCCGGUCAAGGUGCCGGUCAAGAUCCCGGUCGCUCACCAUGUGCCCUACCCAGUGUACGUGCAACAGCACGUGCCCGUCUACGUCAAAGAACACCACGGGCAUGGAUACGGUACAUACGACUUCGGUCACGACCAUGGUUUCGGUUACAGCAGCAGCUACGCAAUCCACCAUUGAUAGCGUUUUUGUACGCUGCACAAUAUUAUUAUUAUAAUUUAUAUUUUAUAUUAUAUAAGUUCAACCAUCCACGACUCUCCGUCGUCGUGUAUCAAUAACCGUUUGUAAUUAAUCGCCUUUUAUACCAAUUUUAAUAUGUAUAUAGGUUAUAUCUUAUAUUAUAAUAUAAUACAUUAUAAGUAAUAAAUUAUAAUUUUAAUACUAUAAUGUUAUUUUAUAAACACCACGAAUGGCUUCAGAAAGAUUGAUUUUUAUUUGUAAAAUUUGAAUAAAGUUUUCGCCAGAAAGAAAAA